GACCACAUCCUGUUUUUGCAAGUUUACCAAUUGAUUUGCAAACGUGGUUCUUCCUGGAGCCUCAUCACAUCUUACCCAUCCAUGUGUGUGUUUCUGAAUUCACUGUCUUCUACGCAGCUGGGUUCAGACAUAUGAGAGGGACAAACCAGCCGAGUGUCUCCAAGUUCCUCCUCCUGGGACUCUCCAGGCAGCCCCAGCAGCAGCAUCUGCUCUUCGUGCUCUUCCUGAGCAUGUACCUGGCCGCCAUCCUGGGGAACCUGCUCAUCAUCCUGGCUGUCAGCACAGACUCCCGCCUGCACACCCCCAUGUACUUCUUCCUCAGCAAGCUGUCCUUUGUGGACGUCUGCUUCUCCUCCACCAUCAUCCCCAAGAUGCUGGCCAAUCACAUACUCGGGACUCAAACCGUCUCCUUCUCUGGCUGUCUCAUGCAGAUGUGUUUUCUCUGUGUGUUUGCUGACAUGGACAAUUACCUCCUGGCUGUGAUGGCCUAUGACCGCUUUGUCGCUGUGUGCCACCCCUUACAUUACACAGCAAAGAUGACCCAUCAGCUCUGUGCCCUGCUGGUCACUGGAUCAUGA